GGACUCGCCCAUGAGCUUUCCCUUGUGUCAGUCACCAUGGCGGCAUACAGCAGAAAGCUGUGGCCUCAUCGUCACUUUUAAACCUAUCAUAAUGUUUUUUUAAAGGUUGCCUUUCUACAUGUAUAGGUUUAUUAAUUUUAAAAAAUGGACAACUGGUUACUGUCAGGAUAGAUUUCUACUUUUUUCUUUGAAGGCGGAUACAUGAAAUUGUGGCAAACGCAAAAAUGCUGAAGAUCAAUGGAUUGGCUUUUAGUGUCGGUUUAGAUAAAGGAACCGUUUUACCAUAAUACAAAUUGUACAGCAACAGAUCUACUGUGUUGGAAUCUGGAUUAUUCGAUCCGCGCCUUGUUAGCAAGUUUGUUUGGACCGGUGGCAGCCUUCUGGUAUCGGUUUGGGGACAUAAUAAACCCCGAGGCUCACAUUGUGGCCUGGCCGGGGGGACUAAUUACCAUUUUUUAGCACACUAGAGUUUUCUUAGUGGAUAACAAAGUGGGAACAGGGAUUGUGGCUUGGUCUGUGCAUACCCAGACCGCGAACAUUAAAUUGUCAACAAGAUAAGCAAUUUAAUUGUUUUUAACGCGUCUUCAAAACAAUGGCGUCUUAUGUGGAUAACAGUUUUCGUCAAGCUGUGAUGAUGAAUCCGGCGGAAAGAACGCAACAGGACCUGGAGAUAGUCUACUCCUAUCUGCAUGGAAUGGAGGCCCUGUCUAACCUCCGAGAACACCAGCUGAGGAUAAUGUGUGAGACAGUGCGCUAUGAAAGACACGAAGCCAAUGAAGUGCUCUAUUACCCGGAUGACAUCGGAAGCUGCUGGUAUAUCCUACUGUCCGGGUCUGUCUUCAUCAAGGAGUCCAUGUUCCUGCCAAGAAGCAGUUUUGGGAAGCGUUCUGCAGGGAGCCUGAGACGUGGAUGUGAGUGCAUCGUUCUGGAACCUUCGGAGAUGAUUGUGGUGGACUAUAUGGAGGAAAAUGAGGAGUACUUCCAGAGGCAAGCAUCACAUCGUCAGUCCCGCCGCAGGUUCCGCAAGAUCAACCAGAAAGGCGAGCGGCAGACCAUCAUCGACACGGUGGACCCAUACCCCACCGGCAAGCCGCCCAUAGUCAGGGGAUAUCACACAGAAUGCAGUAAAGCUCAGCUCCCCGCAGACUUCAGCCGACUCCACCUGGCCGACGGCUUGCACCCACAGGUGACCCACGUGUCUUCCAGCCACUCAGGAUGUAGUGUCACCAGCGACUCUGGAAGCAGCAGCCUGUCAGACAUAUAUCAGGCCACGGAAAACGAGCCAGGCGACAUGGACCUCAGCGGCCUGCCCGAGACCGCCGUCGACUCCGAGGACGACGAUGACGAGGAGGACAUUGAGCGAGUGUCGGACCCCCUCAUGAGCCGCGACAUCGUGCGGGACUGCCUGGAGAAGGACCCAAUGGACCGCACCGAUGACGACAUAGAGCAAUUACUGGAGUUCAUGCAUCAGCUGCCAGCGUUUGCCAACAUGACCAUGUCUGUGAGGAGGGAGCUGUGUGCCGUCAUGGUGUUUGCCGUGGUCGAGCGGGCCGGCACCAUCGUACUCAAUGACGGGGAAGAGCUGGACUCGUGGUCAGUGAUCCUGAAUGGCUCGGUGGAGGUGACGUACCCUGAGGCCAGGCCUGAGAUCCUGUGUAUGGGCAACAGCUUCGGGGUCUCCCCUACCAUAGAGAAGGAGUACAUGAAGGGAGUGAUGAAGACUAAGGUGGACGACUGUCAGUUUGUGUGCAUAGCGCAGCAGGACUACUGCUGCAUCCUCAACCAGGUGGAGAAGAACAUGCAGAAGGUGGAGGAGGAGGGCGAGAUCGUCAUGGUCAAGGAGCACCGUGAGCUGGACCGCACCGGCACCAGGAAGGGACACAUCGUCAUCAAGGGCACGAAGGAGCGUCUGACUAUGCACCUGGUAGAGGAGCACUCUGUGGUGGACCCCACCUACAUCGAGGACUUCCUGUUGACCUACAGGACUUUCCUCUCCAGCCCCAUGGUCGUGGGCAACAAGCUCCUCGAGUGGUUCCACGACCCAAGCCUCAGGGACAAGGUUACACGGGUAGUCUUGCUGUGGGUGAACAAUCACUUCAAUGACUUUGAAGGCGACCCUGCAAUGACUCACUUUCUUGAAGAGUUUGAGAACAAUCUGGAGAGAGAGGUCCGUGUCUCAAAAAUGUACGGCCACCUUAGACUGUUAAACAUUGCCUGCGCUGCUAAAGCCAAACUGCGACUAGUGACACUGACCAAGCCAUCCAGGGAGGCCCCACUAGCCUUCACCCUGCUGGGGGGCUCCGAGAAGGGCUUCCGCAUCUUCAUCGACAGCGUGGAGCCUGGAAGCAAGGCCGCGGAGGCCGGCCUUAAACGAGGAGACCAGAUUCUGGAGGUGAACGGGCAGAACUUUGAUAAUGUCCAGCUCACGAAAGCCAAUGAGAUCCUGAGGAACAACACCCACUUGUCAAUUUCUGUGAAAACUAAUCUUUUAGUGUUCAAGGAGCUCCUUGCCCGACCAGAGCACGACCACGAGGCAGAGGGUGAGGAGCCGCCAGAGGUGGACCGCAAGAAUGGCGCCCCGGCACACCUGCCCAAGAUCGGGGAUAUCAAGAAGGGCUCGCGCUACUCCAUUCCUGACCUGGCGGUGGAUGUUGAGCAGGUGAUGGGCCUGGAGAAGGCCAGCAAGAAGGCCAAAGCCAACACGGUGGGGGGAAGGAACAAGCUCAAGAAGAUCUUUGACAAGACGCUCACCAGCAUCCUGCCCCCAAAACCAUAUAACGACGUGGGUGUGGGCCAGUCGCAGGACGACAGCAUCGUGGGCCUGAAGCAGUCCAAACAGAUUCCGGCCGCGCUGCCAGUCAGCGGCAGCCUGUCGUCCAGCAACCCUGACCUGCUGCAGUCCCACCACCGCAUCCUGGACUUCAACAACCAGCCUGCCCCAGUCGUGACGAACAUGUCAGACCAGGUGCUGCGGGUGUUCAAGGCAGACCAGCAAAGUCGAUACAUCAUGAUCGGUAAGGACACCACGGCCAAAGAGGUGGUGGCCCAGGCCAUCCGGGAGUUUGCCCUGACCGCAGUGCCCGAAGCCUAUUCCCUGUGUGAUGUGUCCAUCACGCCGGAAGGCGUCAUUAAGCAGCGCCGGCUCCCGGAGCAGCUGUCCAAGCUGGCAGACAGGAUACAGCUCAGUGGCAGAUACUACCUGAAGAGCAACAUGGAGACAGAGACCCUCUGUUCAGACGAGGACGCCCAGGACCUCCUUCGUGAAGGCCAGAUCUCCCUCCUCCAGCUGUCCACCAUGGAAGUAGCCACGCAGCUGUCCAUGCGUGCCUUCGAACUCUUCUGCGCAAUCGAGCCCACUGAGUACAUCGACGACCUGUUCAAGCUCAAGUCCAAGACGGGCUCGUUUUGCCUCAAGCGCUUCGAGGAGAUUAUCAACCAGGAGACCUUCUGGGUGGCGUCGGAGGUGACCCGGGAGCCCAACCAGCUCAAGCGCAUGAAGACGGUCAAGCAUUUCAUCAAGAUAGCUCUCCAUUGUAGAGAGUGCAAGAACUUCAACUCCAUGUUCUCCAUCAUUAGUGGUCUGAACCUGGCCCCAGUAUCUAGACUCCGGGGCACGUGGGAGAAGCUGCCCAGUAAGUACGAGAAGCUGUUUGGGGACCUGCAAGACCUGUUUGAUCCAUCCAGGAACAUGGCCAAGUAUCGCAAUGUGCUCAACAACCAGAACCUCCAGCCUCCCAUCAUCCCCCUGUUCCCCGUCAUCAAGAAGGACCUCACCUUCCUGCAUGAAGGGAACGACUCUAAAGUGGACGGCCUGGUGAACUUUGAGAAGCUGCGGAUGAUCGCCAAAGAGAUCCGCCACGUGGGUCGUAUGGCCUCCGUCAACAUGGACCCAGCGCUCAUGUUCAGAACCAGGAAGAAGAAAUGGAGGAGUUUAGGUUCUCUUAGCCAGGGCAGUGCCAACGCGGCGGUGCUAGACGUCACCCAGACGGGCGGGCACAAGAAGCGGGUGAGGCGCAGCUCCUUCCUGAACGCCAAGAAGCUGUACGAGGAUGCCCAAAUGGCCCGCAGGGUCAAGCAGUUCCUGUCCAACCUCAGCCUGGAGACCAACGAGGAGGCGCUGCAGACCCUCUCGCUGCAGUGUGAGCCCUCCAUCAACACACUGCCCAAGAAUGCUGGUGGCAGUAAGAGGCCAGACACGUCUCCGGUGGUGUCCAGGGCUGCCAGCCAGCAGAGGGGCCAGCUGCAGAAGGGCAACCAGGCCCUCCAGGUGCCUGCUGUGGCUCUCUACCCCUCACGCAAGAAAGUACCCGUCAAGGACCUGCCACCAUUCGGCACAAGUUCCCCUCAGUCGUUGAAGAAGAUCCUGUCACUGUCAGAGGAGGCCAGCAAGCGUCAGACUGAGGACACUGUAACAUCCAACAACACCUCGCAGCUCUCCUCCCCGCCCACCUCACCACAGAGCUCGCCCAAGAAGGGCUACCCCAGAACAGGAGAUGCCUACUCAGACUCGUGUCACAGCGAGAUCUCAUCGCGCUCCAGCCUGGUCAGCAACUCCUCCUUUGACAUGGCCCAGGAGGAGAGGAGGGGGCUCAGGCACUCCGGCGGGGUGGGAGACCCCCACGCUGGAGGGGUGCGUCUGGAGAGGAGGGCUACGACAGACCCGGACCAGUACAGCCUCGGUUCCUACUCGUCCAUGCAGGACUGCCGGGGUCUGUAUACCUGUGCCACGGUGCUAUCUCCCAGCUCUGAAGAGCUGACCCAGGACCAAGGGGACCGUGUCUCCCUGGAUGCUGCAGACAGUGGCCGCGGCUCCUGGACCUCGUGCUCCUCGGGCUCCCACGACAACAUCCAGACCAUGCAACAGGGACGCAGCUGGGAGACCCUGGCCUUCGGGCCGGGUGGUGUGGUCAGUGUGGGUGUCCAUCCUCCCGGGGGGCCUGAAGCGUUUAUAGGGGUCCCCUCUGGAAUGUGGGCGUCUCAGGCUAGAGGGAGCUGGGCAUCGGCCUCUUCUUCAUCUUCCUCUGCAGCGUACUGGGGCGAGGACUCGGAGGGUGACACGGGCACGAUUAAACGCAGAGGCGGGAAAGACGUGAACGCUGACCCGGAGACGAGUAGUAUCACGUCCAUGGGGUCUGACGAGGCCAAGCAGCACGGGAGGCCAUCGCCCAUCACCGCCGGCAACAAGGGUCUUAUCACACGAAAGGAGAGCCGGUACCGCGAGCCCCCUCCCACCCCGCCAGGCUACACUGCCCUGACAAUCUCUGACUUCAGUGAGGGCCAGACGCAGUCGCCACCCCUGCCCACGGCCCCAUCCCACUCUGGCCGCCGCCCACCCGACUACUCCACGGCCCUGCAGCGCUCGCGCAUGGUCACCCAGUCGCCCGACUCCCAGCAUCACCACCAGGCCCAACAACACCCAGGUUCCGGAACCACAAAGCGCCAUGGGCUCCACCGCACCCGCUCGCCAGACGAGGAUGAAGAGCCGGAGGAGGAAGAGGAGGAUGAACAGGUAUCAGCAGUCUGAGAGAGAACUGUCUUCUGCUGGAUGACUUGAAGUCGCUUCCAUGGAGCCGGAAAAAAAGACACUGAUGGACGGACAAAGCAAUCCAGUACGUACGUGCCUGCCUCCUGCAUCGUACUCUCCCUCCUGAUUGGUAGACUCCUCUGCUCAUCUCCCUCCCCUGCCUUAAAGCAUUAUCAGGGGUUGAAUAACCCUGCUUGAAAAAAUACUGUGAAGAAGGAGAGACAGAAAAGAAAGAUGCAAUGCCUGGCACUUUGGAAAAAAGAAAAACAAGUCAAACUGUUUAGCUGGAUAAACAUACGGCGACGCAUGACAACCACGCUCAAACACACAGGUGUCCUGGAACAGCUUUCCAAGACCAUUAUCCCAACCCCACCUCACUUUACACACAGCAUCAUGACGUGUUGAGCUUUGUCUGCACUUUUUCUUUUUCUACUUUAUGAAACGUGAACAAAACGGACAAUGAUGAUUUAAUAAAAGAACAUUGAUCGAUUUUGAACUCUUAAGGAUUUCUUUCCAGAACUAUUGCACUCUGGGGGUAAAAGAGACUAUACCCAAGUCUCAUCUAUUGACUCGGAAUGACAAAUCUGUCAAAAGGCUGUUUUAUUCCUUACAGUAUUAUCUGGUCAUUCACAUAUUAGAUAUGACCUAGUGGUGGCUUCACCCCACUGCUAACUGGACAGUCACAAUGAGAGAAAUAAUUGUUUGUUACCCAAAUUAUUUCUCUCAUUGUGACUGUCCAGUUAGCAGUGGCAGUUUUGCUCCAUUCCCAACCCUGGCCUGGAUAUCGGUCUCUUUUUCCAAUACGACCAGCCACAUCUUAAGUACUAGGUCAUAUACAGUAAUGUACAGGUUUAACGGUGGGGGGCGUAGCAGUGGCCCUACCUGUCUAGCCGGUCCCAUCUGGCUGGACCUAGCUGGUUGGCCAGUCCCAUCUCAGAUUGUAAAACCUCUUCUAUUUUUAGUGAUAGAUAUGGCUGCCUAUAGUUGUUUAGCUAGGCUGGCUAGCUACCUAGCUACAUAAGUUGGCAAACAUAAAAUAAAUACCCCCACUGUAACACAGGUAUGUUAGUCGGCAAUAUGUGUUUCAGAAGAUUAACUCAAGUUAGCUAGGUGGCUUGCAGGAAAUAUAACAUACUUAGCUAGCCACCGUGUUUGUCAUCUGCCCUCUUGGUGCUGGCAUCAGCUGUAGCUGAGCUUCUAGCUAAAUCAAACUCUUCGCUAUAUUCCGGUUGAAACGUAUAGGUGAAUGUCAUCAUGUAGGUAACAAAAAUGCUCCAUCUUUGAAUUUGUGUUGAUGAGAGUUAUCACUUGAAGCCAUUGUGGUCUGGUCAGUUUUUUUCAAUUUUGCCUAAAGGAUUGUGUUAGUGUCCGCCUCCCUUUCAAAAAAAGCCUGCCUUGGGGGAGGGACGGGGCCAGAGCAGGAAGCAUUGCCCACACACGUUUUAGUCUUUCAGAGAUUGGAAAAAAUGUCAGCUUGUAUAUUUAGCAAUGAAUCCUCUGAUAGGAACAUCCAGGUUUUAAACUGGAAGGUCACCUGGUGACUUAUAUUCAUUCUAUAUUUAGACAGUAUUGUUUUGGACAACUAUGUGAGAUUUAUAUUGGCUUAGUCUUGUCCCUAAUGGUGAUGUUGAAAGAUAAGUACAGAGGGGAUUUAUACCUGUUUUUAAAAUGAACCAACUUGGGGACGUGUUUGAGUUAUGCACCCCAUAGGCUUGAAUCCUAUAGAGGUGAAUGGAGUCUCGGAUCUUUCAGUGGUGCUGCAAUCUGCUGUUGCUACGUCCAUUUUUGGACUUAUAAAUUAAUGAUAUAUAUCCAUUGAUUCUAGAAGAAUAUAACUUAUAAAUGCCUCAUGAGCUUAGUUCAACUUUCAAACCCCAUCAUACCCCAAAAUAGAAUCUUGUUUUACUUCAAUGUUUGGAAAUGUAAACAGACAUUGUAUAGCCUGAAAAACAUGCUUAAAACUCAUUUUGAUAUCUUGAUUGGUCAGUCCUUGCAUACAUAUCUCCGUCUAUUCAUUUGAGUGGUUACAUUUCUCCAGGCCCACCCCUCAGCUUUUUAGCAAAACAGAGGCGGUGUGAAUGCUUUAUUGUUUCAACUAAGGAUUGCCCUUUUAAGACUGAACUAGAAUACACGAGAAUGAACUAAAAUAAACCUUCUCUCCAACCUUGCUGUUGGAGACAUCCCUUCCUCGUCAUUGCAAAGCCACUUGGAGAAGUCCUCCACUGUUACAGGCAUCAAGAUCAGUGGAUGUACAUAUGAGUAGGCAAUGCUAGCGUAGAACAAACCUGUUAUCCACUGUUUCGCAACAUCAUUGGAAUUGACUGAAGGUUAUUGAAUGUUUGUGUUUUGACUCCAGUGGGGAAGUUACCUAUAUUAAAUAAUUAACUUUGACGGCUGCUAAUCAGAAUUAUUAGUUAUCAAAUUGUGAAAGUGUCACUUAUUUUAUCACUGAGUUGUGCUGAUCACAUUGAUCAGUAGUAAAACUAUAGACUGAGAAGUAGAAAUAAACGAGUGCAGUGUUUUUCACUGUGGUUUGUCAUUACACUAUAAUCAUUUGUCAUGUUUUUUGUUCAUGAUACAUUUUUUUCUAUGGCUGCCAAUAGAUUGUCGAAUGUGUUUGUAAUUCAGUGGUAACAUGCAUCAUCAUCAUUCACUUUCCUUCAACUCUUUAGCAGGCCAAGUCCUAUUUCUAAAAACAAAACAUUGCACAACAAUGUACAAGCAUAAAGAUAAUUGUAGUAGGUAGAACUACUACUUGGUUUGAUGUGAUGUCAAGUGAGAAGUGUAUAUUUAACUGGUGAUGAUUUCUCAUACUUUCUUGUACUACUUUGACCUGUAUGUCUUUUAAAAAGACAAUUGGUGGAGUACGUAUCGGUAGUUUUUUUGUAUUUUUAAUACAAUAAUUGUAAAUAUUGGUUAUAUUUUUGUUGAAAUGUACUAUGUUUAUGCCUCAACAUCCAGUUUGUAUGAAGCUGGGAAAUCAAUAAAUACUACAAAAGUGAUCAAUUCAUAGGUUUAAAUGCACUUAUUUUUUUCCUACAUUUGGAGGUUUUGUCUCUUGAAUAUUGUUCCUUUCCAAGACCUCUCCUACGCACGCACCAUCUAGUGUUUGCAAAAGAUAAGACAUGGAAGUAACUUGAACUGUGUAACCCUCAUACUUUUCUAACUGACAACAGUGUACGUCAGAAUUAAUAAAAAUAUGUCUCCACUUGUU